AUGGAAUUGAGCGAAGGAUUUCAUAAGAGGCAUGGGGCCAAACCUGGUGCAAAUUCCAGUUCCCGUACUAUUCCAUUCGCAUCUCCAUUGGACGAAUUAUUUGGCCCUGCUACCACUUCACAGUCCGCAACAUUAAAUUUGCAGCAUCUGACGCCAAUACCCCCACAAGGGCCACCAUCAAAUGCACCAAAAAGGCCAAUGUCUGCUGCGCCGGUAUCUCGUGCCGUCGGCGUCGCAGGAGACGCUUCAUCGCUGUUUGGUAGUAGCACUAGUAACACCAACAGUUUUGAAAGUUGGGCCUUUAUGAGUGGUUCUCCUCCAAAACCAGCUGCUACCAUACCAAAUCCAUUAAAUAGACCUUCGUCUGUACCGCCAGCAUCGACUCAGUAUCAGACGUGGUCGCAACAACCCGCAGCAACGACUCAAAAUAAUAGUAUAUUAAAUCAAACAAAUAACUCGCUACCAUAUCAAACAGGCAGCCAAAGUAAUCAAGCUUACGAUUACGGAAUUAAUGACUCUAGUGCUGCAGUCGCUGAUGCUUUUGGAUUGAAUACUACAAGAAAUGAUGUUUGGUUACAAAAGACAUUUGAUGCUCCUCACGCUUCUCAACAAUAUACUGCUACAGAUACGUCUGCCUUGUAUGGCAGCAGUCAGCCACAAUAUGAUAUAACUAGCACAAAUAAUGUUGUCAGUCAGCAAGCAGUUGACACGUCCUAUCAAGGUCAACAGCAAUCGACGUAUGAUGCUUCACAGUCGAUAUAUGGGUCUCAGUAUGGCAACACUGGCCAGUACGAUACUAGCCACUAUGAUACUACCCAGUAUGAUAAUAGCACGUAUGACAAUAGUCAGGUCCAAACGAAUCAUCAAUAUGAUUCCUCGAAUGCACAAUAUCCAGCUGAGGUACAAUCAAAUGCUUAUGGACUCUACGAAUCAGCCACUCAGCAUCCAUCGCAACAUUAUGAGCACUAUGCUCCUCCAACUGAACAGACGCGAUAUCAUUCCGUAUCUCCCACUGCGCUUCCAAGCCAGCCUCCGCAACCUACCGAGCAAAUGACUGAAAAUCCAGUAGAUUCAUACAAUCUGUAUGCAAGCCAGUUAGGUCCACCUCAUUCUGGAUAUGACUAUGGUGAUUCUGCAUCAAACCAGUAUGAGGAGAAUAUCAUAGAUCAGACUUUAUAUCAGCCGUCCACAUAUAAUCCGUCCCAAUCUUAUGCUUCACAUUCUGAUCAGCCUGUCAUAGAGCAACAAGAGUUGCCAGCCCUGGUACAAGAGGAAUCAAUAGAAGCUGAUGAGGAUUUCGUUCUUCCUCCACCUCCAACAAUGAAUGAAAUAGAUGCUCGAAUGAGCUCUGUAUCCCCCGCAAAGGCGAAUGAAUCUGGAUCGUUGUCGGCCGUCAAACCUUCAACUAUGGGGUCUGUCAGCCCAUCUGCUGAAUUUGAAGAAAUUGAUCCCAACGGUCUAGGACGAAGAACAUACAGUUAUGUGUCUUCUGAAGAUAUUCGUAGUGUUUCUCCUACUCGUGCUGGAAAUCCCGCUGAAGUGUUGAGCGAGUUGGAUGAUCUUAUAUUUGGUAGCAAAUCUACUGAUUAUGGAAUGACUUCUUCUAUACAGACUCAACCAAAGUCGUCGUCGCCGUCUCAAUUCUUUGAUAAACUGGAAGCCACAGCAAAGGCAAUUGACGACCAAUUGGCCUCGUUUGAAUCCGAUAAUAUUGUAGCACCAAUUAGCCAUGAGAAAGCGACAUAUGAAGAAACUCAACAUAGUAAUAGGACGAGCCCAGAAAAUUUGACGUGGCAAAAUCAGGGUGGUAGUGGCUGGGAUGAUUUUGACAUAGAUGAUGUUGCUAGUAGUCCUGAAAUGGCUGCCUCGAUUAGACAAGAUGAAAGGCACACUCCAAGUGUAGGAGGAGGAGCAGUUUCAGUAGGAGGAGGAUCUUUAGCAGGAGGGUCUGUAGCAGGAAUGUCUAUAGCAGGAGGAUCUGAGAGAGCUACUUCGCCUGAACGUCUGGUAUCCAGUCAUAGUCUGUAUAAUAACAUGUCUGUCGACACAAAUUAUUCCCAGACAACUCCUGAGAGAAUGCAUCAUGAUGUAGAUGAAGUUGGGGCUGUGAAUCACGAAGUUGAUCCAUCUAGUCCACAGCAGCCUCAUGACGAUCCCUUUACUCACCAGCAGCAUCCUAUUGAUGCAUUUUUUGGUCAACAGCCACCUAUGGAUGAUCCAUUUGGUGAACAGGAACAGCGAGCUGAUCAAUUAUUUGGUCAACAGCCACCACCAGAUGACGAUCCAUUUAGUCAACAGCAACAGUAUACAGAUGAAUUUGGUCUACAGCAAGCUAACGCUGAUCCAUAUGGUCAACAGGAAAUAUAUGAUCAGCAACAGCAUCAUGGUGAAGAUUCUCAGCAGAUGUAUUACAAUCAACCACAAACAUAUGAAGGACAGCAUGGUGACAAUCAGAACUUUUAUGAAAAGCCCGCUGUCGAACAGCCAGUCCAGUAUAUACAAAACCAGCAAUAUGAUACUCAGACUUAUCCAGUAGAGCCGUAUGGUGACGGCCAAGUUUCAUCGCAGCCUCGGUCUGGUUACAGCGAGUCGCCUUAUAGUGGUCAGGACUAUCAACAGCAGCAAAAUUAUGAAUCGCAAGGAUAUGAACCUGUCACUCAGCAAGCAGUAUAUAGUACUCAGCCAUCCACGCUUGAAAAUGUAACGUACCAGAGCCAGCAAUUUGACUCUCAGCAACCUCCUGGUACUUAUGACUCCCAACCACAAUAUGAUAGCCACGAGAGUCCACAGUUUGACAGUCAACAAUCUGUUUCGGGCUACGACUCGCAAACACAAUAUCAAUAUGCAGAGUCUAUUUCCACUACCGAUACAAGGGUUGAGACUUCUCAGUAUGGUGACGGGACGACUGUAGCAUUCUCUACCUCUUCCAUUCAUGUUCAGGCCGGUAGAUCCGAGUCUAGUCCUGCAACUAUGGCGGGAUCUCCUCAAAUAAGUAAUCUGCAAUAUUCUCAUAGUAUAAAUCAGAUGGCCACUGGUGCAUCGUGGCAUCAUCUGACAGAUCUGGCUCCUGUAGAGUCGCCAGCUGCUUCUGUCCCUCAAUCACCGGCAGUCGUGGCGGUCAUAAAUAAGUGUAGUCAGUGUGGUAGAGUAAAUGACACCGAAGCGAACUUUUGUGCUAAAUGUGGGUCAAGACUUCAUGUCCGGCCAGAAGAUACUUUACCAUCGAUAGCAUCGUCGUCUAUGCAACCAACACCACCACCAACGAUACCAAAUGCACCAUAUGCAGGACGAGCCUCAAUACCGCGUCCUAAUUUAUAUAGCCAGCCUGGUGAUUUAAGUCGCCCUCCUGUAGUACCAUUAGCUACUCCACGAAACUUGACGUUUGGGAGAGCAACUACACCAACGAACAUACCGCAUACUGAGAACGUGACAGAAAUACCAGGUCGAGUCUCGCCUGCUGGUAGUGUGAAUCGUUAUGGUAGAACACCUACGCCUCCAAUACAGAUGCAACAAGCAGUAGGAGAAUUUAUAGAUCCUCUUGGUCGUCAUCGCGGUCAUUGUGUUGCAGUGUUUGGAUUUGGACGUCUUUUGGUGUCAUCUGUUAGAAGGCAUCAGAGGAUUGUUGCUACACAAACUGGGGCUCAAAUGGCUGUUGAGAAGGCAUAUCCAGGUCCAGUAAAAAUCGUACCUACCCAUACGCUUAUCACUGCUCCAGAGGUACUUCUCGUGCCAAGCAAAACAGAUUCGCUCUUUCCGUUGAUGAGUAAUCGAUCAAACAAGAAGAAGAAGGAAGUGAUCAAGUUGUGCGAUGAGUUGAUCGCUGAAGCUGAAGCAAAGGAACAGGAUCUGUCGAGAGUUUUGAAUGGUAGUAUCGAUUAUCAUAGUCGACUUGAGGUUGAAGAAGCUGCUGAUGAGGUGGUGCUCUGGAGGUUGCUCAAACAUCUUGUUGACAAUAACGGUGUUUUGAUACCUAGCAAUGAUAAACCAGAACAAUCUCAAGCCGUGAUAUCCCUACUAUCUCGUCAACCAAAGCUACCUCCAUCCGCUUCUGCGUCGAUUGAUGAGAUUUACUCAUUAUUGCUCGAAGGCGACCGUGUAGCUGCUUCAAAAGUAGCCAUCAGCAAUUCCUUAUGGGGUCAUGCCCUUGUCAUUGCUAGUCACAUCAGAAAAGAGUACUAUCGUGAUGUGGUUAUGGAAUUCGCUAGGCACGAGUUUGGAGUGCCGUGUCAAGGACCAAGUUUGGUUCCUAAAAGAAAUGUGGCAGGUCCUGGCAGCCUUGGUGGACGUGGUGACGAUAGGCCGGCUUUGAGAGUAUUGUAUUCUAUCUUUGCUGGUGCUGGAAAACAAGCUGUCGCUGAAUUCUUACCAGCUUUCGGAGAACUUGAUCCUUCUUCUCAUGUUGGAGCUCAAGAGUCUCUGACACGCUGGCAGGACACGCUCACUAUCAUUCUUGCUAAUCGGACUCCUGGCGAUUCAGCAGUACUCGCUACGUUAGGAGAACGAUUGUUGGAAUAUAGUCGUUCGAAUGCUGCUCAUAUAUGCUUCUUGAUAUCUGGUCUUGCCACUAUUUUUGGUGGUGCAGAUGUAUCAACCACUCGCGGUGUCUUACUGGGCGUGAAUCACUUUAUGCACCCACGAACAAGCAUAUCUGAUCAUAAGGCUAUUCGUAUGAUGGAAUUGUACGAAUAUGGCCUUUCUUUUGGCAACGCAGCUGUCAGCACUCCUUUACCUCACUUCCAGUCCUACAAGUUGGCUUAUGCUGCCUACUUGGCAGAACUAGGUCGAUUCGACGAAGCUCGUAAAUAUGUAGAUAGUGUAAAAGCUUUGGUCGAGUCAUACGCGAAAGGAAGCCCAUACUUUGAUCGUGUCUUGUUUGGUAUAGUAGGAGAACUAGGUAUUCGUAUCGAGUCUGGAUUAUCCAAGGCUGCCAGCGCCAACAGUGCAAGUGAUGCUACAAGUUGGUUGAGCCGUGUGUCAUCUUGGAACUCCAUCAUGACGGUCAUGGAUCGAGGUCUCAACAAGUUUAUGAAUGGUGCUGUUGGUGUAGAAGGAGGAGAACACCCAUCAACAAGUAGUACUCCAAUUGGCGGGUCGAGCAAUCCAUUGACUACAUCUAUUGGUCCAUCGGCUCCCUUGGGACGAUCUAGCUCUCCCACAAAAAGUAACCCCCUUCAAUAUUCUGGAUUCUUUGGUUCGUCUGCUACACCUCCACCACCCACACGACCAUUAUCGACGCCUCCAUCCGCUCGCCUUUUAGCAGGAACGCAAAGUGGUAUCUCGUCGCCUUCUCCCGCAGGCAACUUUGAUGGAAAGGGUGUGUCGCUGGAUUCGUAUAGUAAUAAUGGCUCGCAUGGGAACUUGCAUAGAGAUUAUCUGCCAUCUACACCUUCAACGACUCAACUACCUUAUGUAUGGCCCCAACAACAAGCACAGGAUACCGCUCCUAUAGAAUCAUUUGUAUCGAAUCCAGUGGCAGCAGGAGUCAUUCCCACUGAUACGAACUCGUACGGUACUAAUGGAACGUACGAUUCGUAUGCAUCACAAACAGUUGAAUACACUCAUCAGCAAUCAGUAUAUAAUGAGCAACAACAAACUCGGUACCCAAUGCAGUCAUGGCAAGAUCCAAAUGAAAUGACUGUGCCUUCCGAUCUAGGAGCAUUGGUAGAAAAUCAGCAGACUUUGCAGCAGUCUGAUCCCAGUCAGAAGCAGCAAAACUGGCAAGAUCCUAGUCAGGCGUCUUAUCCGACAGCUAUUGGAUUUGAGAGCGGAUUUGAGGCUCAAACAACGUAUCAAGAUAAUAAUAGUCAACUAAUGUAUCAGGAUAAUAGUCAGACCCCGUAUCAGGAUAAAAUUCAGCAAACGUAUCAAGAGAAUAGUCAACAGUCCUAUCAGGAUGAUACUCAACAUUGGCAACAGCAGCCUGACGAUUCACUGCAAUCAUCAGCUCAACAACAACAGCAUUCUGAAGGCACCCAACAAUGGCAACAACCUGAUCAAACUCUUGCUCCACAGCAAUCAUGGCAAGAGGAGCCUCCAGUUGUGGAAAAUAAUACACCUCAGCCUCCUCCUCCUGCCACGAAUAGACCAGUCCAUACUAAUACAAUAGAGGAAGAAGACUUUGGAUUCGGUAACUCGUCGUUGAAGAAGAGCAAACCUGAUCAACCUAGUAGACCACCAUCUGCGGCUGGCGUUAGACCAGCGACUCCGGGUGCUGAGUGGCCUGCUGGUGAUAAAGUUGAAGAAAAGAAGACUGAUGAAUCCAACAAGAAUGAAAUCACUAAAUCAAGUUAUAUAAGUAUUGUAUCUGGUUUCUUAUUUGGUGGUAGGACUGGAAGUGCUCCUGCUGCAUCAGGAAAACCGGCAGCUGGUCCAGUACGAGCCAACUUGGGUGAAGAGAAUUCGUUUGUUUAUGAUCCAGUCCAGAAACGAUGGGUCAAUAAGAAAGGUGGAGCAACUGCAGAUGCCUCUUCAGCAGCUCCAGGAUUAGGAGCACCGCCAAUGAGAAGACCAUCAUCUACUCCUCCUGGAGCUGCUCUACCUUCAAUCGCAAGGGCUGAUUCCUCGGCUUCCACGGAUCCACCGAAUGCACCGCCGCCCACUGCUCGAUCUACGCCAUUAUCGAGUGCUCCAUCAUCUAGGCCGGCUUCGCCAGCUGUGGCAGGAAUGCAGAAUGGAUCUCCUAGUAGUGCACAAUCUGGUCCAUUCUCUGCUGCAUUGGGUAGAAGCCGAUCUAGUAUGGGACGACGUGGAAGGCAAGUGCACUACGAUGUACAAGGAACAGCAACCGAACAGGAACGGUCUUCUUCGUCAGAACCUCGUGGUUUUACUAGCUCUGAUAUAAAACGAGCUGGGUUUAUACCUCCAAUGCCUACUGCAGCUGGAAGCAAUGCUGGUGUGAUGAUUAUGCAGCCACCACCUCAACCAGUAGUGUCGCAACAAGAGGAUGCUUGGGGCAGCAAUAAUAAUACUAGUCAGCCGGAGGUUAUGGACCGGAUAUCCCCUAAUGCCGUGUCUCCAAUUGCUUCUAGCAGUGCAGUACCACCAACAGUGAUGAAGAUGCCGACUGCUAGUAAGCCAAUUGUGAAUAUGCCUAGUAAUGUUAUAACACAACGUCCUGCCAUACCACUACCAUCAUUCAAACCACCAUCAGCAACUCUGCUCCCUCAACCGAACGUGUAUAGUACCACAACAGCACAGAUGCCACAAAAACCACCCACACCAUUACCAUCUUCAUAUAGUAGCAUUCCACCACCACAACCUACUUAUAAUGAUUAUAGCAGUGAUGGAGAUAUUGAUGAAACCCAAGGCAUGCCACCAGAAGAUUUUUGA